AUGAUUGUUCGAUAUGUCAAGGUCAACGUUGGUAUUAACGGGUACGCCCCUUUUGCGCUUCGUCUUGUUGAAGAUGUUGGCGAUCGAUUCGGUCGUAUUGGCCGCAUUGUCUUCCGUAACGCUCUGGAGGCCCAGGGUGUUGAGGUCGUCGCCAUUAACGACCCCUUCAUCGACCUUGAGUACAUGGUCUACAUGUUCAAGUACGAUUCCGUCCACGGACGCUUCAAGGGAACCGUCGAGGCCAAAGAUGGCAAGCUCGUUAUCAACGGAAAGCCCGUCACCGUUUUCGCUGAGCGCGACCCUGGUGCCAUCCAGUGGGGAUCCGCUGGUGCUGAAUACGUUGUUGAGUCCACUGGUGUUUUCACCACCAUUGACAAGGCUUCCGCUCACUUGAAGGGUGGUGCUAAGAAAGUCAUUAUCUCCGCCCCCUCCGCUGAUGCUCCCAUGUUCGUGUGUGGUGUUAACUUGGACAAGUAUGAUCCCAAGUACCAAGUCAUCUCUAACGCUUCCUGCACCACCAACUGCCUUGCCCCUCUGGCCAAGGUUAUCAACGACAAGUUCGGUAUCGUUGAGGGUUUGAUGACCACCGUCCACGCCACCACUGCCACCCAAAAGACCGUUGAUGGUCCUUCCCACAAGGACUGGCGUGGAGGACGCAGUGUCAACAACAACAUCAUUCCUUCCUCGACUGGUGCCGCCAAGGCUGUCGGAAAGGUCAUUCCUUCUCUUAACGGCAAGCUGACUGGUCUUGCAUUCCGUGUCCCCACCCUCGAUGUCUCUGUCGUUGAUCUUGUUGUCCGUCUCGAGAAGAGCGCCUCCUAUGAUGACAUCAAGGCUGCCAUCAAGGCUGCUUCUGAAGGUGAAUACAAGGGAAUUCUCGAGUACACCGACGAGCAGGUCGUCUCCACCGACUUCAUCGGCCACACCGCCUCCUCCAUCUUCGACGCCAACGCCGGAAUCCAGCUGAGCCCCAACUUCGUCAAGCUCAUCUCCUGGUACGACAACGAGUGGGGUUACUCCCGCCGUGUCGUCGACCUCAUCUCCUACGUCGCCGCCAAGGACAAGGAGGCUGGUCUCUAA